AUGGAAAUAGGUUCGUGGUGGUUCGAACAUUUCCAUUCGUUUACUUCGGAUAGUUCAGUUAUGAAUGUUUAUGAGAUGGAAGCUACAACAAUUAAGGAAAAGUUCAUCGAAGAAGACGAAGGUUUGAAAUUUGUAAUUCCUGGCUGGAAUAUUCCAUGGACACAAGUGCCGUUAUAUGUUGGAAUUUUAUUGUUCGCAGCAUUAAUUCAUGAAAUGGGACAUAUGUUAGCGGCAUUAAGUAUCAAUGUUCCGGUUAUAAGUAUGGGUUUCAUCCUUCUCGCCGUAUAUUUUGGUGCAUACGUUGAAAUUGAUGCUGCUGCAGUGCGACGCUUAUCUUCUAUACAAAAACUAAGAAUUAGUUGCGCGGGUGUAUGGCAUAAUUUGGUACUUGCAUUAUUUGCAUGGAUAUUUUACGAAUCUAUUUCUUUCGUUGUUUCGCCAUUGUAUAUGUCUGAAACAGGCAUUUAUGUUAAAGAUAUUCAGAAGGAUUCUCCCCUAUCAGGACCACUUGGUUUACAGAAGGGCAAUGUCAUUCAAGAAAUAAAUGGCUGUAACGUAAACAAUAUUGACGAUUGGAAUCACUGUCUGAAGACAAUGAAGUAUAAUAACUCGGGAUUUUGCGUACCAAGUGACGUAAUUGCGAAAAAUAUUGCAGAUGAGAUGCAAUUGGUAGGGAAUGAAUUAGACUGUUGUCAGAAUUCAACAUGGAAUAAUUCAGCUUCACAUGUAUGCUUUUAUGUACGUGAUUGGAAGCAUAACUUCUCUGGAGAGCGAAGUCAUGAAUUGUUGGAGUAUUUUUCGGCGAAAAUAUGCGCAUGUUUGUCAGCGAGGUAUGUAGCAGAUUUGCCGUCUUGCAUUUCCACUGAAGAUUGCACAAACACAAACCGAACCUUAGAAACCACCCAGUCAUCUUGCGUUUUUCCUGCUUUUCUGGGUGAUAUGUCAUUUAUGAGAAUUUCUAUUGGGAAUGCAUCGCAUAUGGUUCUCUAUGUGGGCUACGUUAGGGAGUUGGAAUUCGAUGUGCAAGUGAGCAAUUACGUGCCACGGUCACCAUUGUCGUCAGCACUAAUACCUUAUUUAACUGAACUAAUGGCAAAGUAUCUCUUCACAUUCUCGUUCGCUUUUGCUGUUAUCAAUGCAACACCUUGCAUUUAUCUUGAUGGUCAAUAUAUUUGCUCGAAUUUGGUGGAUUUGAUUUUCAGUAAUGUGAGACCGAGGAGACGACGAUUAGUUAAACGAAUGGUUUUGAUAUAUGGAACGACACUCUUGGCUGAAUUCAAACGAAUACGAGAUACAGUUAAAAAUUACCCAUUUGUUGCGAUGGAUACGGAAUUCCCAGGUGUAGUUGCUACGCCCUUAGGACAAUUCAAGAGUAAAGAAGAUUUCAAUUACCAGCAGGUUUCCUGCAAUGUAAAUAUGUUAAAACUUAUCCAAGUUGGAUUCGCUUUGUUGGAUAAAGAUGGUAACGUACCACCAACGGGUGAUGUAUGGCAAUUUAACUUUCAAUUUUCCCUAAAUGAUGAUAUGUAUUCGCAAGACAGUGUCGAUUUGUUACGUAAUGCUGGUAUAGAUUUUGGUCGACAUCAGGUUGAAGGAAUACGGAUGGCGGAUUUUGGUGAACUGCUUACGACGUCAGGUUUGAUUGUUGACGAGCAUAUCACCUGGUUAACGUUUCAUAGUGGUUAUGAUUUUGGAUACCUCAUGCGUUCUAUUUUGCUUUCCGAACUACCCAAAGAAGAAUCGCAGUUCUUUCAAUAUCAUCGUAAACUUUUUCCAUGUAGUUACGAUCUAAAAAUGCUAUUAAAACACCCGGGCUUAGUGAAUGCAAAGCUGCGAGGCGGUUUGCAAGAGCUUGCUGAUCAACUGAAAGUAAUUCGGAAAGGACAGCAACAUCAAGCGGGUUCUGAUUCAUUACUCACUGCGCAAACAUUCUUCAAAAUCAAGGAACGCUUUUUUGAAGAUACAUGGGAUCAGGUUGCGCCAACAGUUGAGGGACACCUGUAUGGUCUUGGAAAUACGCUUUCAUUAGGUGCGCCAUUUGUGCAGAUGGCAGAAUCGUCAUCAACUCCUGAACCACAACAACCGUCGACACCAGAAGCAGCAUGA